ACAGCGAUUGCGAUGGCGCUAGUCUCGCGUCCUUGAAGUUCUUUCGCUGGCGCGCGCCUGUCAACGUGACGCGACAUUUCUGGCCAUUUCUCGCGCCUCUCUUCUACGUCGUCCCUCGGUCCUUUUGAUACGCGCGACCGUGCAUCGCGAGGCGUCCUUUCCUCUGCACGCAUGAUUGCGGCCGAAAGUGACACGAGUGCAAGGAGCGUCCCCGACAUCCCGACGACGGCACCACCGACUGCCGCGACACGUUAACAUGUCUGCCCUUCAGAAGUCAAUUUUGAAGUCCAGACUACCGCCGUCGGCGGUCAACUUCUCGGCGUUGAACUCCAGACUCGGCAAGUCGAAGGGAGCGCAGCGCAGAAGAGACUACGAGCCGGUGCGGUGGAAUCCGUACUUCGAUCAUUCCAAGGACGUGCCAGUGGGACACAAUGUUUUUCACGUUUACAUCAAGGGCACGGAGGGGCCGCUGUUGGUCUUGUUGCACGGUGGUGGUUACAGUGGUUUAACGUGGGCCGAGCUUACAAAAUCGAUUAUGACAAUGGUGUUAUGCAGAGUCAUGGCUAUUGACCUUAGGGGUCACGGGGACACUCACACCACAGAGGACGAGGACUUGUCUGCAGACACCUUAGCAUUGGACGUUGCAGCAGUUGUAGAUGCAAUUGCAAAUGACGUUCCAAUAAUUCUCGUCGGUCACAGUAUGGGUGGCGCGAUAGCUGUAAGAGCAGCUCCGCUAAUCCCAAAUUUAUAUGGAUUAGGAGUUAUUGAUGUCGUAGAGGGUACGGCAAUGGACGCGUUAACCUCUAUGCAAAGUUUCUUAAGGUCUCGGCCGUCUAGUUUUAGCACCAUAUCUCAGGCUAUAGAGUGGUGCGUUCGUAGCGGACAGAUUCGGAACAUACAAUCGGCCAAGGUUUCGGUUCCUGGACAGAUAAAGAACAUUGAAACUAGCAAAUUAGCAACUCAUGAUAUUGACUCAUUGCCAACCCAAUACAACACGUGUGAAUCUAAUCCAGAGCCAGUUAUACCGCGAGAUGAUAUUAUCCAAGAGGAAGAGUCAUCAGCCAGCAUGCCACCGCCGCCACCCGCGUCUUCUGCUACCGCUACUAACAGAAAGUAUGUCUGGAGAAUAGAUUUGGCAAAAACGGAGCAACAUUGGCUCGGUUGGUUUAAGGGACUGUCGACGGCAUUCUUGAAUAUCCCUGUACCGAAAAUGUUGUUGUUAGCCGGAGUCGAUAGAUUAGAUCGCGAACUCACCGUAGGGCAAAUGCAAGGUAAAUUCCAAAUGCAAGUAUUGCCCGCUUGUGGACACGCUGUUCACGAAGACGUCCCGGAUAAGGUAGCGGAAGCUAUCGCUACGUUCAUGGUCAGGCACAAGUUUGCAGAACCAGCGUCGGAUUUUCCACGGACUUUUCCAGCUUGUUAAGAAAAAGAGUUACACGUUUGUAAUGUAAACGUAUAAAAUAAUAUAAAGUUUUUUUUUUAAAUUAGUUAAUGUAAUAAUAAUUUUAUUUAUUUCAUGAGAUUAUAACCACCAAAUAUAGAAACAUAUAUCAUACAUGUGUAAAUAAAGACAUUUAUCUUGAUGAGAAAAAUUAAUUUGUUCUCAUGUAUGUACUUACAUUCUUCUUUUGUCAGAGUUCAGGCUUAAUAAAAAUUUGAUUUUUACAAA